AGGACCUGCUUCAGAGCGCUGCCGUCUCCAUCAUACCAGACAGCUGUGCUUGAGUGUGUGCUUGUGUGUCCCUACCUCAGCCUGCCUCUCUCUCUUUCUCUCUCUUGAUUUUUCUCCUGUCCCUCUCUCUCUUUACCCCAUCCUUCUCUCUUUCCUUUCGCUCUGCCUUAGACACUGUCAUCCACGUCUCUCUCUCCCCUCCCUCUCUCUUUCACCCCUCCUCCCUCUCUACCCCCCCUCUCUCUCUCUCCUACCCGCCCUCCCAUCCUCCCUCUCACUCUCUCUCUCGGCUGUCCUUGACGGUGCUCUGUGGCAAAGCAGAGCACUGUAGUGCUGGGUUGUGCAGGAGGAAGCAGGCAGCCAGCCUUUGCCCAGUGGAUACAUACUGUUCUGUCUCUUCCAACGCUGCUGCCGUUUCCCCGGAUACGCAGUCGGCCUGCCGUGCUGCCAGUGGAGUCGAGGGCCGAUGCCAGUCUGCCAUGUCGACUGAGUGCCAACCUAAGGGGAACACGUUUUAAAGUGCCCAUUGCGCCAUGUCUGCCACACAGCUGGAGGAGACAGAACAUAUUUUUGACCUGAAUGAGGCCAUCCCAGAGACAGAGCUGCUGGACAACAGCAUACAGAAGGGGCGUGCCCAGCUCUCCGUCAAAGCCAGGAGGCACCGCCCCUCUCGCUCUCGCUUCCGAGACAGCGUCAGCUCCACAGAGGGAGAUGACAGUCUGGAGAGGAAGUGUUUGGACAGCCCUCUGCACUCCGUCCGUUCCCCCCUCCACUCCACCCUGCGAGGAGGCUCCUCCCCUUCGCCUGAUUCGCUCCUCUCCUCGUCCUCCCCUUGUCCCACCUUACGGAGCCCCGUCUUCUCCUUCGACACCUCCUCCUUACGGCGCUCCCCGGAGGAGGGCGGGACCGGGUCGCCAGCCCCUCGGGGGCGGUACCGCCAGCUGACAAAUGCCACGUCUCAGGAGGCCCUGGUGACCACGCCAAACAGCUCUCCCUCCAAGUCGUGUCCCAGUUCGGACUGCUCGCCUGUUUACAUUCGACGGGCACGAUGCCCAGACAGUGAGGUGUUAGUUUCAGAAGACAGUCGAGACACCAGCCCGGCCGACCCCGGCAACAACAGCCUUAUCUUCGACAAGAAGACCAAGAGGAGAUUCUUGGACCUGGGGGUCACGUUGAGACGCUCCUAUGUGAGAGUCAGAAAAGACAAGUCAAACAGACUGUCAAUGGGAAGCCGGGAGCCAUCUGAGAGCCCGUCCAGGUCCUCUGGCUCUUUCGUGCCUUUCUCCUGGUUCACUGACAGCACCAGGGGCUCCGUGUCAUCCGGGGCAACUCCGCCCUGCAGCCCCAAACUGGUCUCACAGGACUGCAGCCCCCGCAAGUCCAACUCCCAGGAGUCUGCCCUGAGUGAUGAGUUCUCACCGCCCCCCUGUAGUCCCCCCCUCGCCUCCAGUGGGACCACAGCCGACUCGUCCUCCCGCUCCUCACAACGCUACCAGACCCUCUCCCAGUCCUCAGACGAGCUGCCAUUACAGAGGGAUGCAGGAUGCACGUCAGACCUAGCCUAUAGACGAGCCGCUGUGCCUAGUGUCGUCGUGGAGCACCCAGCAGGUGUGCCAGUGGCUGAAGGGGUUGAACAUGGAGCAAUACAUCCCAGAGUUCACUGCCAGGGACAUCGACGGGGAGCAGCUCCUCCUGAUGGACGGCACCAAGCUCAAGGGUUUGGGAGUGAACAGUUCCACAGACCGCAGUGCACUGAAAAGGCGGAUCAAAGACAUUCACGCAGCAGCGGAAAAGGAGCGCAAGGCCCUGGACAAACUGGAACGCCAGAAAGAGAAGCAGCGCAAAAAGGACCAGGAGCUACGCAAGCUAAACACAAGCUAGACAUAACCACCAGAUGGCGCUAAAUGGCCACAGAAAUACACCUGACUAGAAACUGGUGCUGGUGCACAUCUCCAACUUUCACAUGAUCAUGACAGCAUUGAUGCUAAGUGGAGUUUUGUGCAAAAAGUUGGAAUUUGCACAUAGACUUUCGUACUGUACCUCUGGUUUGGAUGUGAGGCUUUGAACCCUGCAAUGGGCGGGACAGUGUGUUGUCUAUCACUGACACAUGAAUAAUAACAGAAUGAAAGCUCCAUGCUCUUCUUGUCAAAUGGAUUUAUUUUAGACCAAGUUCGGUAACCCAAAGUGGGCAUGUGAGAGGUGGGUCGCGAGUUAUGAGAAUACAUCUACAGUCACACACUAUUUAUUCUUAAUUUGGGUAGUUGGAGGACAAUUGGGUCACGGCAGGACUGUCCAUUUCUAAUUUGGGUCCCGAGGUGAAAAAGCUUAAGAACUGCUUUGGACCAAUCAAUCAGUGGUUGACGCAACGUGAUAGGUCCCGCCCAUAUUGGUGUUCAGAUGUCUCAUUCUUCCUGGCUAUGAAACAUGUGUUGUUCUUUGUCAAUCAGUAAGGUUAUCCACCCUUGUGGAAAAAAAUCGGACUAAUAUUUUGUUACUGGAAUUGAGUAUGUGUUAUAAACUCAGCAAAAAAAUAAACGUCCUUUCACUGUCAACUGCGUUUAUUUUCAGCAAACUUAACAUGUGUAAAUAUUUGAAUGAAAAUAAGAUUCAACAACUGAGACAUAAACUGAACAAGAUCCACAGACAUGUGACUAACAGAAAUGGAAUAAUGUGUCCCUGAACGAAGGGGGGGUCAAAAUCAAAAGUAACAGCCAGUAUCUGGCGUGGCCACCAGCUGCAUUAAGUACUGCAGUGCAUCUCCUCCUCAUGGACUGCACCAGAUUUGCCCGUUUUUGCUGUGAGAUGUUAUCCCACUCUUCCAACAAGGCACCUGCAAGUUUUCAGACAUUUUUGGGGGGAAUGGCCCUAGCCUUAACCCUCCGAUCCAACAGGUCCCAGACGUGCUCAAUUGGAUUGUGAUGCGGGCUCUUCGCUGUCCAUGGCAGAACACUGACAUUUCUGCCUUGCAGGAAAUCAUGCACAGAACGAGCAGUAUGGCUGGUGGCAUUGUCAGGCCCACAAGCCCUCAUGUCAGGAUGAGCCUGGAAGGGUACCACAUGAGGGAGGAGGCUGUCUUCCCUGUAACGCACAGCAUUGAGAUUGCCCACAAUGACAACAAGCUCAGUCCGAUGAUGCUGUGACACACCGCCCCAGACCAUGACCGACCCUCCACCUCCAAAUCAAUCCUGCUCCAGAGUACAGGCCUUGGUGUACUUUGAUGAUAAACGCGAAUCCGAUCAUCACCCCUGGUGAGACAAAACCGCGACUCCUCAUUGAAGAGCACUUUUUGUCGGUCCUGUCUGGUCCAGCGAUGGUGGGUUUGUGUCCAUAGGCAACGUUGUUACCGCUGAUGUCUGGUGAGGACCUGCCUUACAACAGGUCUACAAGCCCCUCAGUCCAGCCUCUCAGCAUAUUGCGGUCAGUCUGAGCACUGAUGGAGGGAUUGUGCAUUCCUGGUGUAACUCAGGCAAUUGUUGUUGCCAUCCUGUACUUGUCCCGCAAGUGUGAUGUUUGGAUGUACCGAUCCUGUGCAGGUGUUACACGUGGUCUGCCACUGCGAGGACGAUCAGCUGUCCGUCCUGUCUCCCUGUAGCGCUGUCUCAGGCGUCUCACAGUACGGACAUUGCAAUUUAUUGCCCUGGCCACAUCUGCAGUCCUCAUGCCUCCUUGUAGCAUGCCUAAGGCACGUUCACGCAGAUGAGCAGGGACCCUGGGCAUCUUUCUUUUGGUGUUUUUCAGAGUCAGUAGAAAGGCCUCUUUUGUGUCCUAAGUUUUCAUAAGUGUAACCUUAAUUGCCUACCGUCUGUAAAGCAGUGUUUAAAGCCUUUACAAUGAAGAUCUGUGAAGUUAUUUGGAUUUUUACGAAUUAUCUUUGAAAGACAGGGUCCUGAAAAAGGGACGUUUCUUUAUUUGCUGAGUUUAUGUGACUUCUACACACAUUCAAUGCAUUGACAAAAUCAUACUUUUCCCACAGCUUUUGACCAUACACACAUACAGUACAUUCUAGCAAAUUACACACUAUCAAAACCUAACCAUGGUCUGAGUUAUUAUAGAAAGAAUAUAAUUACAGAAAUUAGCAUUUAUUUAUUUUUACAAAGAAUAUAAUCACAGAAUUCAACUUUUUUUUAAACUCAUAACCACAAGCCAGUAACACACAACCACAUUCAUAUUGUAGUAUGCAUCAAUACUCUGUCAGUGGACAGGAGUAAAACUUGAAGUAACAUGAAGAUUUGUCCAAGACAUUGACAUUGAUAAGAUGCUGAUGAAACAGAUGUGAUUUUUGAGCAUAUUUGUAUCCACUGCAUGUUUGUGGCGUAUGAUAUACUGUCUGUUUAUGUGUGUGUAAGUGUGCAUAUGUGCUAUCUGAGGUCACUUCCUUGGUAACGACUGUAUGGGGAUGGGACUGGCUCUCCUGAAAGGAGUCUUCUGAGGUGGCCACUUUAGAAUUCUGGGUGUUGUCAAUCUUCUGUCUCCACUCCCACGUUGCACCAAUCGUCAUCUUAGCUGUUUUUGUCUUGAGAGUCUCCAACUUUUUGGAUCCUCCUGGAACAAGACAAGGAAGGCACCGAUCAUCUUUGGAGGAUUCAGGGCCCCGUAUAAGGACUGAUGCUGGGACAUGCCAUCUAAACCGUACCCCCCAUUUUGCCCAGUUUUCACACUGAAUUCAUGGACUGGUUCGUGGUCAGAAGAACCAGUGACAUGGAUAUUAGCUCCAGGUUUUACACAUACAUGGUCCUUAGGACUCGUUUCUUGAUUUCCGUCCUCCCAUGAUGCGGUGACUUCAUUUAUUUUCAACCCCUGUGUCAAAUGGAAAUAUGUAAUAAAUAUGGUUUAAAAUGCAGAAUGCAUGUCAGCACUCCCAAA